UUUGCCCCACCAGACAACGGUUCUGUGCAACAGCAAACACACUGUGUAAAAAAUUAUUUGACAUUCAGAUUGGAGAGAUUCACAGCAGGCAGGAAAAAGAGGACCUUACAAGCUAAAAGGAGACUGGAACAUAGUGAAGGACUUGAGAAGUGCUUGUAUUAUACUGUAACAGCAGAAGAUACUCCAGCUGGAAACUAAAAGGAUAAUAAGCAAGCAAGGAGAGUGGAAAAAGGACACACGGUGAAGGAUACUGCUCUUCUAUUGGAUUGGUGCUUUCUCUUGGAUUUCUCACUUCUCUCCUCCUGGGCUGACAGCAUAGGGGGAGGGAGAUCCACCGCAGGGAUGAAGUACAACUACCAUAUACCAGUGUCAACAUACACACGCAGUUCACAGUACACCCCAACAUACCACACACCUACCUAUUACACCCCUACACAUUACACACCAACGCAGUACACAUCCACAUAUGCCUCUACAGCGAAGUACACCCCGACACAGUACAGCUCGGCACUUUACACCCCGUCACAUUACACGACCUCUUACAAGGCUGCGUCAACAUACGUCCCUUCGUACAGCAAAGGCUCACGGUACAGUUCAACACAGCGCACACAAGCACAGGAACGUCCUGCACCUGUAAUACCUGUCACACCUGCAAAGAGGACUGUGCACUUCCCCAAUGACAUCAUCUUCCAGGAUAUUGUGAGACGAGGAGAUAUGGAGCAAAUCGGUCGGUUCUUGAGAGCGAGGAAGGUUCGUGUGGAUACUCUCUUCCACUCAGGUAUGGCAGCACUACAUGAAGCUGUGCUCACAGGAAACCUGGAGGUGGUGAAGUUGCUAGUGAAACAUGGCGCCGAUGUUCAUCAGAGAGACGAAGAUGGCUGGACGCCACUUCACAUGGCCUGCAGUGACGGCUAUCCAGAAAUUGCCAGAUAUCUGCUGGCGAUGGGAGCGAGCACAGAGGCAGAGAACGAAAGUGGAGAAAAGCCCGUAGACCUCAUCGAUCCAGACUGCAAAGACCUGGUCAAAAUGUUUGAGGCUGGCUGUGUGUGAUUGGGCGUCAAAUGAACCCAAAAGAAAAGAGAAGAGAAAAACAUAUUUAACAGUGUACAAUACCAAACAAACUUGUUAGAGGGUGGAAGAACAUAGCCAGAGAUUGGGCCGUGUCUCUGAUCCUGUAAAGCAAGUUGGUGGUUCUUCUGUUUGUUAGUUUCAAAGGUGCAGCACAAAUUGCUAUGACUUUAUUAUUUUUUAAUUACUGUAUAACCUUAAAGUAAUGUUCAAUUAACCUGUAUUUAUCUGUCUGGUGGUUUUUGUUUCAUUUUAUUUUACUUCAUUUUGUGUAUUUGUCAUACUACCAGUGUCUCUGCUGCAAAUGUCAAUCAAAUAUUAUCUCCCCGUCUUCACUCUCAGAUUAUGUAAUACAAUACCAGCAAUGUGUCACUGAAUCGAAACGUCAUCUUUACUUGUUCUAAAUAUCCAUUCAUUUCUGAAGAAAAACAGAUUAAUUUCUAUCCUCAUGAGCAUUACAGUUGAAGUAUUUUCACUUGUGUUAGUGUCCCUUUUCAAGUCGCUGGUUGCACUCAGCACACUGUAAUUACACUAUAUAAUGAAUUCACAACACAGAAUUUGGGCUGAGAUGUUUGUGUUUUAUAAAGAGAGUUGUGUAUCCUCACUGCUGGGCAGGAAGAGGAUCAGCCAAAUUAAUAACUGAUACUUCACUGAUGGUCAGAAAUCAAAAAACAUAAAGUUCAUGCUGUACAAGCACUUUUAUUACUGCAGUAUUGUUCCCUAAUGUAUUGCUGUUGUUUUCUGUAGUAGAAAAACGAAUAUCCGCAAUGAAAGUCUUAUAAUUUUCUCUUCAAUAAUUAUUUUUGUACGUUUUCAUAAAUAAAAAGACCUUUUAUAAAUAUGA